AUGGCUCUCUGCUUGGUGGUAACCAUUGUGGACCGGCAAGGCCUCAGCGCCCUUCCUGCGCGAACUGCCCUUCUUACGUGCCGCGCUUCGGGUCGCUCGCGCUCCCUGGGGGCUGCUUUUCUACCUGAGGGGAUUAACCGACAGUCCUGUCCCCGCCCCCCGUUGUUCAUGGUGGACAAUGGAGCAGAUGACUGGAGAAUAGCCAUGACUUAUGAGCGUAUUUUCUUUAUCUGCUUGGAAAUACUGGUGUGUGCUAUACAUCCCAUACCUGGGAACUAUACAUUCACAUGGACAGCCCGGCUCGCCUUUUCUUACACUCCAUCCACAACAACAGCUGAUGUGGAUAUUAUUUUAUCUAUACCAAUGUUCUUAAGACUAUAUCUUAUUGCCAGAGUUAUGCUUUUGCAUAGCAAACUUUUCACUGAUGCCUCAUCUAGAAGCAUUGGAGCGUUAAAUAAGAUAAACUUCAAUACCCGUUUUGUUAUGAAGACUCUAAUGACAAUAUGUCCAGGAACUGUACUGUUGGUUUUUAGUAUCUCACUAUGGAUAAUUGCUGCGUGGACUGUCCGAGCCUGUGAAAGGUACCAUGAUCAGCAGGAUGUUACUAGCAACUUCCUUGGAGCAAUGUGGUUGAUUUCAAUAACUUUUCUAUCCAUUGGAUAUGGUGACAUGGUACCUAAUACAUACUGCGGGAAAGGAGUCUGUUUACUCACUGGAAUCAUG